AUGGAGUCUCAGCAGCAUUUUUGCGAGCUGCUUCGGUGCGCUGCGAACCUUCACGAAAACAUUAGCGACGCGAUCGAAAGGAGCCUACAGAGCGAUUUCAUUCUAGCGACGUCAGCUUCGGCUCCCUUAACUGCACGAUCAUGGUCAAGCCAGCGAGACACGACGUCAAGCACCAUACAUCCUGAUUCACAUCAGCCUGCCCACGAGAACAAGAAACAACCCCAAGCCCUAAAACAUGGCGCCAUUGUCAGCUCGAGCUCGCUUAUUCUUUCGUCGAAGUUUCCUCUUGAUCUGUCCACAUCGUCUUCUCACAAUUCAUCCUCCAAGCAGACCGGCUCAGAGGCGCCUUCCUCUCUGUCGGGGCGAGAGCCUCCCUCCGUUUCUUCUGCCUCUCGCCUGGUCCCGUUGCCUCUGCUGCCACUGCAGCGCCUAGCCCAUCCCUUCCUGAGCAGUAGCUUUCAUCUCGUUGACGCUCUUACGGGUGGUAUGGCUCGGCAGGUUUCAUCUGGGUUCUCCGGCUUGUUUCGAAACGUGUGUGGCACGCCGAACCUGUUUUCCAAGCCUCUGGGACAGCUUGGGUCGCUGGGCGGCACGGUGCUCGGUUUGGGCGGCGCAGUGGGGGUUACUUUAGGUUUGGCGCUUAUGGCUGCUAAUGCUGCAAACGGGGGGGUUUCUAACGGGGUGUAUCAGCGAGUAGGGCCGCCUCUGAGGGUGGAAGGAGGGAAAAGAGACUGGGGACGGCAGGUUGAGGCCGAGGAGCAAAAUUACUCGGCUGAUGAGUACAGUGCGAGGGAGUAUGCAGCUACUGGGUACGACAGUAACGAGUACAGUCCUGGCAUGGAGGGGCAUAGAGAAUGGGGGGAAGGGGAGACAGAUGGGGGGGUGAGUACUCCCAAGGAGGGGGAAGAUGAGUGGGGAGGGGAGGAAGUGAUGGGAUACGCGGAGAUAGUGGGAGGACUGGUAGCGCCAGUGAUGCACGGGAAAGGAUAUGGGGAAGGGCAUGGGGACGGGCAUAGGGAGAGGUAUGGGGAGAGGUAUGGGGAGAGGUAUGGGGAAGGUGACUCCUCUCCCAUCAACUCUCCCUCUGGAGAUUCUUCCAAUGGUUCUUCUCGUUUCAAAGCUGCCUCUUCUAGAGAUGACGCCCCAGUCCGUGUACAUGAGAUGGCGGGGGACUCACCCUUGCAUGUGGUGAGCGAGUGGGAGGGGAUUGGUGGAGGGGAGGACGAGGGGGAGUUGCAUGUGCUGAGGGAGUGGGAAGGCGGGCAGGAGGACGACUUGGGGGGUGCUCCGUGGGACUGGCUUGCAGAGGAGGAGGAUGAGGGGGAGGGGUUUGUAGGAGGGGAGAUGGAGUGGGAAGGGAGGAGCGAAGGGAUGAGUGAGGGAGUGGUGAUGGCAACGGGUUGGGAGGCAGAGGAGGAUGAUGUAAGGGGUGGGGAAGUGAAGUGGCAGAGUGAGGCAGGACGGGAGGAAAGAAGGGAGGCAGAGGAGGGUGAUGUAAGGGUGACGAGGAAGGGAGGGAUGCGAAGUGAAGUGGCAGGUCUCGGUGCUGAAGAGGAGAUUCAGCAGGAGAUUCGGCAUGUUGAAGGAAGGAGCAUUGGUGGUGGUGUAGACGUUAGAGGUGUUAGAUAUGAUGGAACGACCUUCAAUAUGGAAGCGACCAUUUUAGAGAACAUUCAGCUGACGCUUAACCCGACACGAAGCAGGUGCGAGGUUCUCCUUUCGCUCAACGGCAGCACAACGGUCAUCUCGUCCGGCCUGCUCAAGCCCUUCGCAAGCCACAUCAAGGCGGUGGAGGAGCAGCUCAGCAGCGGCUCGCACCUGAUCAAGCUCGACCCGCGCACGCGCUCGCAUUUCCUCAAGCUUCAGAGGCAGAAGCUGCGAGGGGGUUAUGUUCCGCCGGAGGAGGAGGAGGACGGCGCGGAUGUUGACGAGUUGAUCUCUUGGUUUACGCGAACCACCGUGGAAAGAGCGGUGUCGUUCAUCAGCGCGCCGGGCCUCAUCGAGCAUGCCGUGGCGAUCGAGAGGGAGCUGCUGCACCUCGAAGAAUCGCUCACCGCCGAUCCCUCUGCCUCUCCCGCCGUCGACUACGGCCAGAACGAUUCCAAGUCCGAUGCAGAAGGCGACGGCGACGAUCGUGGCAUGUCGCUCACCCGAGACAGCUCGCUGCGUGCGCGACGCUCCAGCUCUCGCUCGCCGUCGCCCAUCCGGCGACUCAUUCAGAACGGCCUCCGGACAGUGGCUGAGAGCAAUGGCAACGAGGAGGGAGGGGAGCUUAUCAUUUUCUGCUUUUCGGUAUUUUCUGCUUUCACUCUCGUUAACGUGGCGGUGGCGCGCGCAGCGGCGGGCGGCUUCUCGCGCGACAUCCUCUCGUCACUGCUGCUCUUCGCCGACUGCUUCGACGCUCCACCCGCCGCCGGCCAGUUCCCCGGCGUUACAGACAUGGCGGGACUCGGGCGCGGAGGGGGAAUCGGCGGAAGCCUGGCGGGAGGACCGCCAGGGGCGGUUAGGAUUGGGGGAAAGCCGGUGUUCGGCGUGCAUCACCAUCACUACCACCGCAUGGGGGGCGGCGGGCGGAAGAACCGCGCGGCUGCGCGCAUCUCCCCCAAGCUCCGCUCGUGGGGGAACAGCGGUGGCGCGGGUGGCGCCGGUGCUGGUAACGGCGAGCGGAAUGGGGAGCUCGCUGACGUCAGCAGCGCGCGGUACUACGAUUCGGAUUCCGGUCUCCCUGGGGGAAGGGCGCGCGGGGGAGGCGCAAGGGGAGGCGCAAGGGGAGCGGCGGGCGGCGGAGGCGGAGCUGGGGAGGAUACGGGAAUGCUGUCCGAGGCCGACAGUUUCAUCAGCACCGUUGAUGUGGAUCCGAUGAACGGUGCGGAUGCGGAGAUGCUGGUGCUGGGAGUUGCGGGGCGUCCGGGGAGCGCGGGCGGGGGGUUUGCUGGGAGCCGCGGCUGGAGCAAGGGGAAGGGGGGUGGCGGGGGAGGGGGAAUGGGGGGGAUGCUCCGGCGCAGUGGGAGCGGAAGCCUGUUUGUGCGCCCUUCUGCUGUUGCGGAAGGCUCAGAUGAGUUUGAUGACGCUGAUGAAGAUGAGGACGAGGACGAGGGAGCGGGUUUUGCAGGGGAAAGGAGGCAGCAGCGGCGUCAGAAUCAGCCGAAUCAGCCGCAGCAGCAGCAGCAGCUGCCGCAGCAGUCACAGCUCGUUCUAGACCCAGAGCUGAUGCGGAGAAUCCAGGAGGUGCAGCUGAUGCAGCCGGGGAACCAGCAGGAGGCGGAGCUUCAGCAGCAGAUGCUGCAGGACCUGCUGGCGCUGCAGCAGCAGCAGCUGCAGAUGCAGCUGCAGCAGCAGGAGCGGCUGCUGCAGCAGCAGCAGGAGAUUCAGGCGCUUCAGCAGGAGAGCAGGCAGCGGGCGGAGCAGGAGCAGGAGGAGAAGGAGCGAGAGCAGCGGGAGAAGGAGCGGCAGAGGGAGAAGGAGGAGAAGGAGGAGGAGGAGCAGAGGGCGUAUGAGCAGGAACUGGCAGGGAAGGACUGGCUCGCGGAUCCCACCACUCUGGCGUUCCUCAAGCAGCCUAACGCUGCCGCAGCAGCAGCGGGAGCAGCGGGAGGCACCACUGACGGGGCGCUUUUCGGGCUUGGCAGUGGCAGCAGCAGCGCUGGUUCGGACUCUGCGCCGUUCUCAGACGAUUUUAUGCUCAUGUCUGGUGUCUCCUCCUCUCCUUCGCCUGAUUACCUCACUGGUGGGGCAGCAGGAGCAGCAGGAGGAGCAGCAGGAGGAGCAGCAGGAGGGGUGUCUGCUUUCGACCGUUCCCGUUCCCUUAACCAGGUGCCUUAUAACGGGGGCGCGAAUCUGGAAGCGGAGAUGCUGGGGGCGGUGGCAGGGGUGGGUGGAGGGGGGGACUCCUCUGCCCGGGAUUUCCUCGGGGAAGAUGCUCUCCGUGGGCCUGUGGACGAAUCUGGACCGUCGAAUCACGAGGAUCUAAUGGCGUGGGAGGCGUCACUGGGUGAGGCGAUGCUGGUUGGAGGAGGGACGGAUGGUUCUUCCUCCUCUUCCUCUUCUCUGUAUGGAGACGAUAUGGAGCUGAGUCUUGCUGCUGAGAGGGCUGCAGGAGCAGCAGCAGGAAGAGGCGUGGGGAAGAAACUAGGCGCAGGAGGAGUGGGAGCAGCAAGAGGAGUGGGAGGGGCGGGGAGAGGAAGAGGAGUGGUGGGGAGCGGUGUGGCGGGGCGAGCUGGGAUUGGCGCGCAUGGGCGGAGUAUGUCAUCGUCUAGUGCUGUUGGUGCGGGUGCGGGACGUGGCAGGGGCCGGGCGACGAAUCCGCAGGACCGGGUGCUGAUGGAGAUGGAGAGGAAGCAGCAGGAGGCUGCUCGCCGCAGGGAGGAGGAGAAGAAGCGGCAGCAGGAGGCGAGGCAGCAGCACCUCAAGCGGCCCUCAACAGGAGGCCUUGUCCGUUCCACCUCCACCUCGGGCAUUGAAAGGCGCCGCACCACCACUGCCACUAGCAGCGUUACUGGUGCUGCUGGUAACCGCACCGCUACUGCAUCGGAGACUAGUGCUGCUCCUGGCGGUGAGCAGCAGCAGGGGCAGCAAGGGCAAGAGAAGGAAAGAGAGAAGCCAGGAAAGGAGAACAAGGGGAAGGAGGCCAGUGCGUCAGCAGCAGCACCACUCACAGUGGCAGCAGCGGGAGGAGUGAAUGUUGGGGGAGCAGCGGUCUACCACCACCCCCCCAGCAUGCCACAUCACUCCCCAUACGGGUCCCUCCCAGAGGCAGGAGGAGCGACAGCUGGGCGGCGAGGAAGCCUGGAGGGCCAGGAGAAACUGGGGAUGCUGAAUAAUGGCAUCCAUAUGACCAAUGCCUAUGGGUAUAGUGCACAUACUGCACCCCAUCAGAGCUACACUGCUGCGCCCAUGCUUGUUCAUGGGGGUCCCGGCGCGGCAAGCCCUGCAGCUGUGGGGUUUGGCGAGGGGCUUAGGGAGGCGAGGCUGAAGCAGGAGAGGGAGUAUUUGGAUAUGUUGAGGGAGAGGGAGGCUGCGUGGGUUGGAUCAGAGCCAGAUGGGGAGAAGAAGAAGGCGUCUGGCUUGAGGAAGCUGUUUGGUGGCUUUGGGAAGUAG